AUGUGUGAAGUGGAUGGUCUGACUAGGUGGAGGGAUGCCAUUGCUAUGGUAAUAGAGUCGAAACUCUGGAAGGAAGAUGAAGAGUUGUCUCAAUUACCUUACCUUGACAUUCUUCUGGCCUUUGAAGACUAUAGUAAAAUCAGAACUGGUGAAUACGAAUCUGCCAUGAAAAUAGCAGAAAUGUCGCGGAUGCAGAAGUAUCGCCUUGCUCGCGAAGGCUUUAGGGCUUUGUUGGAUGAACUUAAAGCCAGUGGUAAGCUCCUGUCGGGCACCAAAUGGAAAGAGAUAUACCCUCUAGUGGCAAGUGACGAGAGGUACCUGACUCUUUUGGGAGUCCCAGGUUCCAAUCCUCUAGAGUUGUUUUGGGAUGCGGUUGAUCAGUUGGACCUUGCCUUAGAAGGCAAAGUCAAAGACGUUGAGAGGUACCUCUCCAAAAAGUCCUUCCAAUUUACUGAGCAGACUACCCCCGAGGAAUUCACGGCAUUGUUACAAGAAGAUGAGCACAUCUGGAAAGAUAUGGAGUCAGAAGCUCCUGGCCUCUUCCGUCAUGUAGGCAUACAUCACAGGGACGAUCUACGGCAUGCGCUAAAGCGCAAGGCACAUAAAAUCGAUAUCGAGGCACCUUACGAAGAGGACCUUCCCGAGUUCAAAGCUAUGGAUAAUGACGAUGCAGCAAGAAAAGCUGCAUUCACUAAAUUUGUAAAAAGGCAAAAAGAGAGGAUGAGGGAGACAUAUUCCGACGACGAUUCGACGACAAGUCGGAAGCGCAAGGAACCCUACGGAACGAGAACACGAGAACACGAGAGGGAGAAGGAAAGAGAUAGAUCGAGAGAGAGAGAGCGUGGCGACGACAAGUAUAGUAGCCGACAUCGAGAUAGAGAUCAUGGAAGACGGCGAGAUGACCGAGACAGAGAGCGAAGAGGCAAUCGACGAGACGAUGACAGGGAGCGUGAUAAGACCCGAAAGAAGGACGAGGACGUAGAGAUGAAAGAUGGCGAGAAAGUCACCGCUGACUCCAAAUCCGCCCCAAUUAACCCAAUGAAAGAGCUAAGGAUUGAGAAGCUCGUGAUCAACAUUUCGGUCGGAGAAUCAGGAGAUCGUUUAACAAGAGCAUCCAAGGUGCUGGAACAACUCACUGGUCAGACUCCUGUUACGUCCAAAGCUCGUUAUACCGUUCGCCAUUUCGGUAUUCGAAGAAACGAGAAGAUUGCCGUGCAUGUCACGAUCCGUGGCCCUAAGGCGGAGGAAAUCCUCGAGAGAGGCUUGAAGGUCAAGGAAUACGAGUUGAAACGCAAAAACUUCUCAGACACCGGAAACUUCGGGUUCGGUAUCCAAGAACACAUCGAUCUUGGUGCGAGAUACGACCCGACGAUUGGUAUUUUUGGGAUGGACUUCUAUGUCGUGAUGGGAAGACCAGGAG